AUGCAGUUGCCUUUGCUGGAAGUGUACUGCGUCGUUUGCAACUUCACUUCACCCAUCUUGCACGGCAGUGUCUGCAGCCAUGUGUGCUUCGCGAGGCACAGCGUGCAAUCAACGCCUGCAUGCUGCCAAUGCCGAUGCCUCCUCAAGGCAUGGCAAAGGAAGGUGGAUGUGGCGUUUGGAUAUUCGCAAGCUACAGCCUCAGGCCCACUGGAGCCUGCAUUCAUGCCUCCAGUCAUGCCUCCAGCUGCGCCUCCAGCUGCGCCUCCAGCUGUGCCUCCAGGAGGCAAAAGUGCGGCAAAAAGCAUCUUGCUGUGCGUUGACCCUGCAGCUCGGACAGGCAACUUCCACAUGGGUGGCUGCGGUCAGGUUCUGCAACAGCCGAUGCCAAUGAUGAUGGCUGGAAACACAGUUUCUGCUGCCGUGUUGCUUGUGGAGAGUCUGCCAGGCGUUGUAUUGAUAUAA